CACAGAUUGAGCAUAAACUUAUCAGCUGGAGGACAAAUUACCUCCUCUUCCUUCUCCUCCUCCUGCCCCCCCCCCUCUCACGUCCUGAUCGUACCAUUUGCAUUUUUCACAGUUCCUCGUUUCCCUUCGUUACUUGGUCGCUGGAACUUUACCUUCCGUCAUUUCCACUCGACUCUCUUCGCUCCUCCCGUUCAUUCCUUCUUUUUUCUCUUUCUAUUUCUUUCUCUUUCACGGCACGUCGAUGGCGCCGCUUUGACGAGCCCUGGAAUGGGGUUGACAUUGGAAGACAUCGACGGAAGAAGUGGGAUUCGAUGGCUUAGGAGAAAUCGUCGUUAAUGGCUUUGCCGAAGGAUUUCCUGGCGUUCUCGGUGCUUUUUUACGAGUUUUCCGGGCGCGACGAUCUAAAGCGCUCACUCAAAUCAAGAUUUUCACCUUUUCAACGGCAGAUGAGGCGGAUGGCCAACCGUCCUCGCCUUGACGCGACGCCGUUUUUUCUUCAUCCAUCUUUCGCCGCUUUUCGUCCUCCACGAUCCAUCCUUUCUUUCCUUUCUCUAGUUGAGCCCUUUCAGGCCCUCUCCCCACCCCUCCUUUUUUCCGUGCUCGACUAAAUGACUUGUUUUUUCGAGUUCUGCUUGGAUCAUCUUGUAGUGGGAGGAUGAAGGUCCCGUCUUCUGCCCGGUAAUCUGAAAUUGACGUAAUGAUGAUGGAUGCACGGUCACGAAAUUAAUCGCUCCGUUUUCAAUAUCCUUGGCUACGGGUCCUACGUUCAUCAUAAGAGAGAAUCGAUAGUAUUACUCGAAGAUAUCGUAGAAACGUUGAAUUGCAAAUGCGUGGAAAUUAUUGAGUAACGCGGAUAAAUGUAUAAAAUGUAAAUUGAAACGGUCACUUAAAUAAUUAUUUCGUUCGUAACAGAAUCUCUUUGCUUUUAUCCUUUCAAGCAUAUCUUUUCGUUCGAUAGUAGAUGUAAAAUCGAAAGAGUUUCCAUUCCAUUCGCUCAUUACCGCAUAUACAUUGUUAAAGUUCAUUCUCGAAAGCAAUUGUUUGUCGGAAACAGAAUGUCGUUAUUAUCGGCAAAUAUCCAACACUGAACGAACAAUGAAACCAAAGAUUUAAAAAGAACAAAAGAAAAUACGUUGCAAAUUUAUUAAUUAGCGUGCAACCGACUGGUUCAUUAACGGCCUCUAAUGGAACACGUGUAUUUGAAAUUUAAGGAUUUCAUUGGCAACGGAUGCAAUAGUAAAUCAAGAGAAUUGGAUUUUUUAAAAAUUUCAAUGGUUUCAAGGUUUCAAGAAUAGAAAUAUUUUAAACGUAAAUCGUUCGAAUGAAAAAUACAAUGAAUUUUUAUUUUAAUUAACAACAGUUAACGCUUGCUCAAAUGGAGGAGUAUGUUUCGAAAAUCAUGAUAUAAGUGAUCUGGAAAUGACUGAGUGAUUAUUUGGAUAAUAUAAUUCUCGGCAAGACGUUGAGAUUGGAUAAAGAAAAAGCACUUGAGUUCGCAGUAUCAGUUCGCAGACGACGCUUAUAUUCUGCUCUCACGCAAUAUUAAUCGUAGAGGAGCAACGUUUAAACAUUUCAUUCUACUGUUUCAUACACGAAAUAAAAUUACCGCUCUUCCAUUUUGUCUUGCAUGGCUUCCUACAUAAUUUUCCUUUAUGCAACGUCCGAGUAAACAGACAGAUUUCUAACGGAAGAGUUGGUCGUUCAUCCUACAGAACACUUGUUAAUUGUUACAUGAAGUCACAUACAUAUAACAUUUAUUAUCUUAUAUUACAUAAUUAUUUUAUAUUACAAAAAGCAAAUGAAGAGAAACUUCAUUUAAAAACACUUAUUUAAAUUUUGAAAACAAGACAUUCUCUAACGAAAGCAAAUUAACGCGAGAGUGACAUGUCCAUAUGCACUCGUAUUAUACUAGUCUUAUCUACUAGGUAUACUAUAGUUUAGAGAUUUCAUACGUAAACUAAGCAAAGUGGAAACGGUUAUAAUGAAAUUUAAAGAUAGUUUUACUUCCUAUAAAAUAUCACACGAUAUACCGAUCUAUAAAUUUAUCGUUCGCUAUAUAAACGUUAAAAUAACAAGUUUAAAUUUGCCACAAACUUAACAACUCGCCAAAACAUCAAACUUAAAACAAAGCGUGUAUCGACAAGGAUGCUAAGAAAUACUUGGAAAUAGAUGGUCCGAUGUUUCGUCUCACGACGAAGACUCUCGUGUCAAUAUCCCGGCGAAAUUCAAUGAUAUCCGAACAAGGCGUGCUCGUCUUGCGUUGCAAGAAUACAAGCAACCAGAAGAUCAGGGUACGAGAGUAAGAGAGAGAGAGAGAGAGAGAGCAAAGGCGAUACUACGGUGGCACUCGUGGGGUGGCGUUGGGUUUUAAAGGGUGGGAAGGAUACAAUAUUUCAGAGUGGCGACAAGGAGCAAGCCUGCUUGCCACUGGCAAAUUAAUUAAAUUCCUAGAGGCUGGCUGGAAAGGCUAAGGGGUUGGUUGGCGAACCGGGCAAGAGUCCUGUGUUCAGCUCGUGGGAAUAUUGUAAUUAAGAUAUGCACUUCCACCCUCCCAUUUUACCCAUUGCAGUUUCCACACUCUAUCCUCUCACUCUUGCCGCGGUGGAUGAUUUACGCUUCGAAGGACGCGGUAUUGUCUGUUUCGACCGUUUCUAAAUUGCAUCCUAUUAUGGUUUGGGGCUCGAGGUUGACGCGCCACCGAGAUUCUACUUCCUCUUACGGCUCGCUGCUUCAAAUUACUCCAUUCUGAUUGACGCUUAAUGCUUCUGUUUAUAUUGUGCGGUGUAUACAUAUGGAAAUGGGUUGAGCGUGUACGCGAAAUAAGGGUCGAAACACGCCGGGGGUUUCGUAGAUUUGUAAAAUGGAACGAUGGCCGAACCAGAUAUUGUCUCUACAUUGCUGGAAUUCCUAUUUCUUUCUUCUUUUUUUGCUGUCGUUGCGAUGCUCUUUUCAUUGUCGCGAUGUAUUUUUUUUUUUUUUGGUCCCCUUAUCCUUUGCUUUCUUUCUGAACCGAAAUCUCAUUUUCGGUACGUGUACUUUGUUUGUUCUUUUUAUUAUUGGAAUACUUAGCUCAGCGUCGUCGUGCUAUUUUCGCGUCAACAUCUUUAAAUCGUUUUUUACUGUUGAAACUUCUCCUACGUGUUCUCGUAUUGUAUCUUUAUCGCUGAAAUCAAUUUUACUUGUUUAUGUAUUCCCGAGCUGUAUUUUUGCUACUGCAGUUCACCGUUUCGAAAGUUGUAUUCCUCCCUUGUUGCAUCCGCGAGUGUGGAAAACUUUUCAAAGUUUCAAUUUCAUCAUGCUAGAGUACCGUACGAAGGUAUUGCUGAAAGAAAAAAGCUUGCGGGAUUGAUGGAUUAUUUUCCACACUGCGCUGGAUUGGACACUCUCCGCGCAAGUAGUUGGAAUCGGAACUGGUCAAGAAUGAUUUCACAGAAAAUGUUCAUACAUUAGCGAUCACGUUACCAUUGAUCGAUCACAGGGUAAACGUUAGUAGUAUAAAGCAGCUUUGAGUAAUCGCAUAAGAACAAAAAAAAAAAAAAUGUUUAGGGAAUUAGUUUUACCUAAAAUUAGGAUCACUUAAAGUAGGAUGAUUUAGGAUCACAGCAAGUAGUAGUUCUGUAUUGGAUUUUAUUAACAAAUUGGAAAAGUUCGAAACUCAGAAGCAUCUUUGUACGUGUUUGUCAAAACACAUCGGUCGGAUACUCGACUGUUUUUUUACAAAAUAAACGGUGGUGUUUUUUCAAAGUUUAAUCCUACAAAGCAAUAUUAAAACGUGGCAGAUUAGCAUAGUGUAUACAGUCUACGCGACGAAAAGACGAAAAAGAAAAAAUAUUCGUUCUCUCCCCUUGCGUAUGGAAAUGCGAUGAAAUUUUCCUCCGUGAAUCACCGAGACCGGCGUGAUCACUGUUUUUCAAUAUUACCAGAACAUCGCUGUUAUUCACUUUGUGUUUUCAGUGAAAUUUCAAUCUGCGUCGCUCCUUUUUUUCUAUGUAUAUUCCCCAUAUCUUACCACGUUUCCCUUUAUUUUGCUGCUUUGUAAAUAUUUAUUUAGACAUCGAUAUACAGCAGCCCAUAAAAAUAUUUGUACACUGGUAGAAAUUUUCUGCCAGUAUAUAGUGUGCUCCACGAUGUUUCAUCAUUUUGACGAUCAUUACACGACAUUAUUGUUCAUAGAAGGUACGAAAUAUUUAACGCAAUAUUUAGCGCAAUGAUUAGAAAAGAAUUUAAGCUGUGAAUUAUUCGUUACAUUAAUAAGCCUCGAUAUUCAACGAGAUCUUAUUUUUGAAAUAUUCAAGGAAAUGAGAGAAAUGUAUAUUUAAUCCCAAAAUUAAACAGGAGAAGAAUUUUGUUUACAUGGGAUUGAUUGUUAAGGUCCUUUUUGAAGUAAUUACUUCAAGAAAAACUACACCUUUUCUCGUGUAUAUCCGUGACCUGGAGACCGCUGUUACGAAGAGAAUAGAAUUUUGAAAAACAUUCGAAAUAAGGAGAGAUCCAUAUUAUUGUGUCUUUGAAUACAAAUUUUGUUUUGUAUUACAAGGUUCAGAAACAAAAGAGCUUUCUAUUGCUGUUUCUUGCAGCUUUCAGCUAGAGCUACACACCAAGAUUAACUUGUGUUGUCGUUUGCUAUAAAUAUAGGAACAUGCUCCCUAUCAUACCUUCUUGCUAUUGUAUUGUAACACUGUAAGAGUGAUCUGGAUCAGCAUACACUAUACCUAUGCUUAUUUCAAUAUAUUUUUCUAUUACAAAUUCUUCCACUCGUUCCUCUCAACAGCCCUAACUCUCCAAGUUGCUUUAAAAAAACCACUUACUAUGUUUUUGCCCUAUGAUCUUUGUACUUAAGACGACUAUUCAUUUUUACAGGAAAUAUCUUCCAACUUCUAUAUUAUAUUUUGAAAUCGAUUUCAAAUUUUAUCGAUGUAAUCACGACGUGUAUGUAAAAAGUUUCCUAUGCUAAGUAUUCAAAUACUUUCAGCGAGCAACUGUAUAUUUUUACGUAAAACGAGACUCCAUCACGGAUACGUAUUAAAUGUAGAAAUGUCAACGAAACGUCCAGAUAGGUUACAAAAUUCUUCGUUUUGACCGCGCGUAUUUCCAUAAACAAAUGACAGGUUUCUGUAGUCUCGUGUCGUGUCGUAAAAAAUCGAUCCACAAGCCGUGGUGUCCGAUGGGACCCGGUGUCCGACCGAUUUUUAUAGAAUUAAAGAACGAAAAAGAAAAGCUCGAUUAAACGAUGUCUUCUGUCGAUAUCGUGAGCCACAGAGCGACGAAGAUGUCCAGGCCUGAGAAACCGGUCGAGGUUUUAGCCUUUUCAUAGAGCGAAAACGAGAUUCAUUAAGUUUACCAUGGCGAGCAUCUACGCUCUGUUUCUCACUUUGAUCCUUGUGUUUUCUAUCGUCGUUCAGCUCCAAAUGUUAAUCGCAGAUCCAAAGAAGCUAUGCACGAUUUUCCAUUACUACGCGACCAACGCGGAAGAUUCCAACAAAUCAUCCGUCCGUAACAUACUGCAACACUAUUCCAAAGAACCUAACGUCUUCAGCGUUCCCAGCUCCGAUUCCAAGAUAUCGUUGACCAACCUGAGAACUGUUUCAUCUUGGCCAGUGAUACCGAACCAAACGCUAUCGAUUCCUAACCCAACGGUCAAGACAGAAGCUACAAAUUCGAUGGAAACUGAGCCGAACGUAGUCGCAAAAUAUUCGUCCACGUUCGUGAAAACCGAUCAGGUUUUACCUGUCGUUGACAUCACAUGGGAUUACAAUUCGUAUCGAUUCAAAACGUUUGAGUCGUGCUUACGGAAUUGUUACGGGGAUAGGUAUCCACCAGGUGAAGUGGUGUUGAACUCGAUGCAGCUGAAUCUGUUGGAUUCUCACACGAACGUCCCGAUGAACGUUGCUGGUCUAUUCGAUUUCAUGAAAGAAGAGAGCGAACCGCGUUUGAACACCGUGUCGAGGAAGCUGGAAAUUGAGUAUCUUAAUCCGUUGGAUCACUUUGUGACGAAACAACCCGGUAGACCGGAGACUGUGGAGAGAUUCACGGAAACGGAUGAGCAGGAUCGGUGGUACAAUACAGCCAAGAGCCAACAGGAGAACGAUAUCGGGCCCGUAAUCACCGGCCGAGAAAAGAAUCAGCCGAAUCGAAGAUCCUCCAGGAAGAUCGAGGCCCCUUGCAAAUGCUAUUUGUCCUCGUCUCGGCGUGUUUGCGGGACGAAUGACUCUUGAUCGGGAAGAAACCCUCUAGAAACGAUUGGAGAACACGGUCGCUGGCUGUUGCCGGGGCAUCGAUUAGGGCAACUAGCUUGAUUGAGAAGAAAAGGUGGCGAGAAAUAUUUGGCGAGAAAUUAUCGCUGCUUCUUUCUUAUUCUAUGAAGGAUUCUACGAGUUUCUUCCUUUUUUUAUAUUUUAUUCUGACCCGUGGAUGAGAGAGAAGGUUCAAGGGAUUUUUGAGCUCUCGCCGAGGGAAUUUUAUAAUUUACGGUUUAUACUUUAGCGCGUGCAGGAUACUUGUUUCAUGGUACUAGUAUUUUUAUACACGGCUUUGUUUAAAGAUUUUUCUCUGGAAAUAUUAGUCUAAGUAACUUAGACGAAUAAAUUUCUGGCUACAGAAUGCGAUUUUUCUGGCGCUUCUUUCGAGUUUUAUCGAUUCUCUAAGCGUUACACGUAGGUAAUCAGGAUAAGUUAAUCCUUAUUUAUGGAUCAUUGUCGUUUCCAGUGUCAAAUAUUUUAUUCGGUGUAAAGCCUGUUUAUUUCUAGGCGACAGCUAAAACUUAAAAGAUAAAAUUUGAUAGAGUAGUAACGCAAGGAUGACAGUCAUACGUAUCCAAGUAAGUUAACGAUUCAGAUUCUAUAUAUAC